AUGAUCUCCGUUCUUUUGCGUUUCCCAUGCCAACCGGUAUUGAGCAGGUGCAUUCGUCUGACUUCCCUGUACGCACAAGGUUGCGCGGUUACAAAGAUCGUUAGUAAUGCGGAACAACCAACCUACAAUGAAGUACGCAUACAGAUGCUUUCAAGACAUCUGCAAGCAUGUUUAUUCGGCUGUGAGAUUAGCCGCUACGACUUAGCACCACAGUCCGUUCUGAAUGAGCUAGAAAAACACGGGAUUGAUGUAAAUCGUUCACAGCCAGAACGCCUACCUGUGAGCUUUUCCCCUCCUGACCUGAUUGGCGGUGAUAUUGAAAAACACAUGCAAAACAUAUCUGCCCAACUCGUCACGCCCUACCGGAAACUUUUGGACUCGUUUUCUGGGACCGUUCCACCAAUGCCGGAAUCGUGGAGCACUCAGUCUGGAUGGACCAGAUACUCUGGUGAUCAAAUAGAGAGUGUCAGAGCACCCGUGGACGACAUCAUGGUUCUUGACAUUGAAGUUCUCAUGGAAGAGGGUGAUCUUCCAACAAUGGCUGUCGUGCUGACACCAAACGGAUGGUAUUCUUGGGUUUCCCCAAAUCUUUACAGCGAGAAAUUAUCCACAAAUGAGACCCUAGAUUCGUUGAUUCCUCUGUACGACAGUAAGGACACUAGUCGUCCCAAAUGUGUGAUUGGUCAUUUUGUGAGUUUUGACCGAGCACGUUUACUCGAGGAAUACUAUCUUCAGGGAACUGGGACACGGUUUCUGGACACACUAUCUUUUCAUGUGGCUGUGUCCGGGUUGACCAGCACACAAAGACAUUUGAAAACCGCAGCAUCCAAACAUUUGUUCAACAACAAAUUGUGGCAGAAAUAUAUGAGUACCCACGGAGAAACAUCCAAGUUGAAUGAUGUGGAGGAACACGCUAAUGUUAUGAACAGCUCUCGUUUUGCUUUUCCUCCAAAGGGUCUGCAAUGGAUUUCCGAAACGAGCCUGAACAAUCUCACUGAUGUCUACCGGCUUUAUUGUGCGAAGGAGCCACCACAGGACAAAACAGCCAGGUCCGUUUUUGAGUGCGGUACAAGACAAGAGGUACAAACACGUUUUCAGGAAUUGAUGCGUUAUUGUGCCACCGAUGUGUCGAUGACCUAUGAAGUAUUUCAGAAAUUGUUACCGUUGUUCAAGGAGCGCUUUCCCCAUCCCGCAACCCUGUAUGGUAUGCUUGAAAUGGGAAGUAUGUAUUUGCCCAUCAACGAUUCGUGGUCGAAGUUCCAGGAGAACGCGGACAGGAAAUUUGCGGAAAACGAGCAGCGUCAGAAACAACUCCUCAUGCAAUUGGCGGAUCAAGCACUACAGCAUUAUUCCAGUCCCGAUGCAGACCCCCAAAAUGAUCCGUGGUUAUGGGACCUUGAUUGGGCAUUGCCGAAAAUUGCAAAAGCGAAUACGGAAGUGGAUGAGCGGCUGUCCAAGCUUCCAAAUGGAAUCAAUAUUAAAUCGCGAGUUGUGUACAUUUGGCAGCCGACUGCCGUGACCGAGAUACUUCGGAAGCCUGCACAUGGUGUUACGGGAGCUAGUCGAUGUGAGUUAAUUAACCGAGCUUCGUGUGUCUGCUUUCAAGAGCGUUCCACCGAACAGAUUGAGCAUGGUGAUGCUGCUGUUACCGAUUAUGCUGGUAAUGAUGAUGAGUACCACUCUGAAUCCAACCACAUUUUCGCCCAUUGUCUACAUAAUAUUUCUUGUUGCCCUCUUAGGUGGUAUCGUGAAUUGAUUCCCAAGCCGAUAAAAGAAAAUUUGGACGCUGGUCCCGCUCUUUUGACCGCACAGAUGCGAAUUGCACCGAAGUUACUACGGUUGUGUUGGCAAGGUUUACCAUUACAUUACGAUCAAAUACGACAGACAAUCGUACCGGCGGUCACGCGGAAUAGAAACAUGCAACUGAUUUCCAAACAAGAACGAGACGCACUCACAAGUCUACGAAAGGAUGAAACAAUCGUAAUACUACCGGCAGACAAAGGACGCAUCAUGGUGAUAAUGGACAAGCCAGAUUACAUUGAAAAGGCAAAACAACUGCUAAAUGACACCACGACCUACAAACCAAUUGAUCAUGACCCAACUUCAAACGUCAUCAAUCGAAUCAACACGACACUCAAGAAACUGCAAGAAACACACGAGAUAACCAGACAGGAACGAUGGAAAAUGAAAGCCGAUGAUACCAACAUUGCACGAUUCUACGGACUACCAAAGGUGCACAAAGAAGGAACUCCACUUAGACCAAUCGUUUCACUUCCGGGAACCCCAACUUACAAAUUAGCAAAAGACUUAUGGAGAAGAUUAAAACACUUAAUCUCCGGAUCGGAACACACAGUCAAUAAUGCAGGUCAGUUCCUACACAAACUACGGAACGUCAGUAUAGAAGACGAUGAAGUCAUGCUUUCAUUUGAUGUCACAUCGCUGUUCACUUCAAUCAACCACAACCUCGCCAGGACAACCAUAGCAGAACUGCUUCAGACUAAGCCCAACACGACAGGAACCAUGAAACCUGAAAGUAUAGGCAAACUGCUGGACUUUUGCAUGGAUACAUACUUUACCUUCGAUGGACAAAUAUAUCAACAGCUGAAAGGAACUCCAAUGGGAUCUCCAAUAUCAGGAUUUAUUGCUGAGGCGGUAAUGCAAAGGUUAGAGCAUGCGGUACUGCCGAUCAUCAAUCCAAAACUUUGGAUCCGCUACGUGGACGACACCUUUGUCAUCAUGAAACGGGAUUCAGUGCACGAGGCACAUGAACUGCUCAACACCACUUUUGAAGAUAUCAAGUUUACAAUCGAACUGGAAAGAAACAAUCGACUACCAUUCUUAGACGUUCUAGUGAACAGAAAGAUGGAUGGGACUCUGGAAACCUGUGUAUACCGGAAGGAGACUCAUACAGAUCAAAUCCUGAACUACAACAGCAAUCACCCAGUAAACCACAAGAAGAGCUGCGUCCAAACCUUGUUCAAGAGGGCGGAGACACACUGCAGCACCACAGAACUGCGGAAGAAGGAAGAAAACCAUCUACUCAGGGUAUUCCAGAACAAUGGAUAUCCAAGGAAUUUUAUCAAGAGAAGCUUGAAGAAGAAGACACCCCAACCACGGCAACAGCAAGAACAAGCCACCAGACGGGUAGUCCUGCCUUACAUCAGGAAUAUAUCAGAACUCGCGACCAGAUUAUUGGCUCAAAAAGGAAUAUUUGUGGCCCACAAACCGAAUGCCACCCUGAGGAAAUUAAUCUCUAGACCGAAGGACAACCCGGACAAAACCAAGAAGAACAGUGUGAUAUACCAACUCAACUGCGACAACUGCAUCAAAUUCUACGUCGGACAAACUGGGAGGAGACUAUGCACGCGAAUAAAGGAACACAACGCGGCCGUCAGGAGGCAUGACCCCCUGUCCUUGAUAUCCAUACACGAGGACCAAGAAGGCCACAAAUUCAACUUGGAAAACGCAGAAAUUUUGGAACUAAAAUGGGGUGUUCUUAUACCAGGUCGAGCACCCCAGCCGUACGGUGACCCUCGAUUCUAUGAAGAAACCUCAGUCAACUGUAAUGUGCAAGCUAACUCCCCGAGUGUAUCAGACGGUGAGAACACCAAACAAAAUCAAGACAGGACGAUCGUCAGUGAAUCUGUCAAUAAUUUCUGCAAUAUGACUCUGCGUUCUAGAAUCCCUGUAAGCAAAGAGACAGCUGCAGGUCGGGUAGAAUAUUCAUUUCCAUAUGGCGCUUAUUUGUCGUACUGGUCGGCUGCAAUGCAACGUCGAUUUUUAUCAGACUUAUCUGACAAUCCGAACGGCGACUUCGCCUCAGCAUACCGCCAACGAGCCGUGCCGGAUUCUCGCGAUGACCAUCUGAUGGAUGAACUUCAACGAAGUAUCCAAGCUAUGCCUCUGGAACCGGAAGAACGAGCUCGCUUGUUUGCAACCAUAUCAGCUAUUCGUAACCUGGGCACCAGGUCGGACGAUUAUGGCCCCAAUCGCCAAGGUUCCUCCGAACCGGUUUAUGAAUACAUCGGCGAAAUGCAGGACCCGUUUCAACGAAAAACCCCGCAUAGUCUCUCAUUACAUUUUUAUCCACUCCCCCAUUGGUUGGCAUACUUUAUGCAGAUUCGUGGUCCCGCGUUCUGGUUGGAUCCGAAGCGCUAUGAGUGUGUGAAGCAGGCCGUGCCGAAUAAAAACCCCAAAUCCAAUCGUCGUCAGAAGAAUCGACGUGCAGUUGAUACGGUCAAUCCAGUUAUCCCAACCUGCUGGUUCAAUCAUCUACCACACGAUGACGGCGAAGGGUUGCCAGUGGGAUCUCCUUUGUCUCGGUCCUUUCAAACACAUAUUGCGGCUAAUCGCCUUCACAGUGCAAGUAUGGAAAUGCUGAACCUCGCAAGGGCCAACGCACAAGAAACGCCUAACUCCCCAUCAGAAAUCCAGACAGCUCAUCUCGCUACUGAGCUGUUACGGGAUCGGGUACAUGCUACCUUUUGGCAAAGUUAUUCGAAGCGUAUAAGGAAUCAAAUGGCCGUUUGGCUUCCGACUUCAAUACUACCGACAGAGGCUAGAAAUGACCCGAAUUUCAAUCCAUCCGGACAUCAUGGAGCGAUUCUGCCUCAGGUGAUUGUUGCAGGCACCGUAUCCCGGCGUGCUGUCGAGCCGCUUUGGUUGACCGCAAGUAAUGCCGACCGAAAUCGCCUGGGCAGUGAGAUCAAAGCAAUGGUCCAAGCACCGCCCGGUUACUGCUUUGUCGGCGCAGAUGUGGACUCUCAGGAAAUGUGGAUUGCCGCUCUGAUUGGAGAUGCUAGCUUUGGAUUCCAAGGCAAGUCGUUCCAUAGUCCACUUCAACUAACAAGCGUGGCAAAUCCUAAGAACAGUGCUACUCCGUACGGUUGGAUGACUCUGGAGGGGAACAAAACAGACGGAACGGAUUUACACACCAAAAUUGCCCAAAUUAUGGGUAUCACGCGCAAUGAAGCCAAAGUGCUCAACUAUGCUCGUCUCUAUGGCUCUGGACACGAAUUCACGAAACAUCUGUUAACCAAAUUCUCCAAUCUCACACUGAUUGAUUCUGGAAUUUGCUUAUCACUGAAUCGCACAGUUCAUAUUUCCGUUAGUGCGUAUACGUCGUUGGUCCUACUAUUUUCAUCAAUCAGUAGAUUUUGCAAGUGCGUAUUCACAAACGGUUUGGCAGUUCUAGAGAAAUUGACAGUGGUAAUGCAGUGGAUCAUAAAACUUUUCUCAUCUAUUCACGUUGUCGUCUUCUUUAUCGCCCCACAGCCAGAGCAAGCCGGUCUCAAAGCCAACCAGCUACUGCGCACAACAAAAGGGCAACGCACAGGAUCCCACUCCAGAGCAUGGAAGAAGCCCGGUCAAGAUUCAACGGAACAAGCCAACAACGCCAGCGAACCUUCUGCCAGGUGGCAGGGAGGGAGUGAAUCCGCAGUAUUCAACGAACUCGAGAGUAUAGCCCGAAGCUCCGAACCCUGUACACCUGUUCUUAAGGCCCGAAUGACACGAGCACUUAAUCCAAAACUUGUGAAGGAAGACUUUCUUCCCAGCCGAAUCAAUUGGGUGGUGCAAAGCUCAGCCGUAGACUACUUGCACUGCAUGUUACUUGUUAUGGGCUGGUUGAUUCAGAAGUACAGUCUUCCCGCUCGUCUUUGUAUCAGCAUCCACGAUGAGGUGCGCUAUUUGUGUCGACAGGACGCGGCCGACCGAGUUGCCUUGGCGUUACAGAUUAGCAACCUUUUUACACGGGCUUUCUUCGCAUAUCAGUUGGGCAUGCGAGACCUUCCUGAGUCCGUCGCUUUCUUCAGUUCUGUUGAAAUCGACACAUGUCUGCGAAAAAAUCCGGACGAUGAUUGCAUCACCCCGUCCAAUCCGGACGGUCUGCAGAAGACUUACGGCAUCCCGUCAGCUUCACCAAGGGAUGAAUUAAAUCCUGCUCUAAAGGAGGGGGUCAACCCUAACCAACGUCUUAAGACAACGGUUCUCCCGAUCAUUUUAUCAGGAAACAUGGUCAAAGGAAAAUCCAGGACCGUUAUCGUCACACUAAACAGGAGACCCGUUCACAUUAGCCUUUCAAUGAUGGGUGAUACACUGGACAGACGACGUGUACUCACCUCAGGAUGCUCACAAAUGAGCAUGCUGACUGAACAAGGCAAUACCGUUCGAUUAACCUCUGACCCACAUCAAAUCCAAUGGAAUCAAGCAGCUGAUUACGGAGGCUGUCAGGAGCAUGCGACUGCAAAGAUCUGCGUACUGCAGAUUGUCAAGGCUCUCAAUAGCAACAAGUUGAACACCAUACUUCUGAAGACAGUCCAGUGUUCGUCCCAUUAUUUCAUCAACGACGAAGUUGAACAACAAUGGAGAGAGUGGACAUCCUUGUCUGACACCAAUUUUUGUAGGGAAGCCUUUGGAGAGUUCACCAUCACUCUCGUCCGCCCAGAAUGCAUGUUUGGGGUCCACGCUCGUGUUCCAGAAGGAGCGGCAGGUGGUGAUCAACCCUCGCCACCGAUAACUGACGGCGAUGUGGUCUAUUUGGAUUUGGCGCUUGUUAGUUGGUGGGCACCACGUUGUCAAACGAUUUCCGCUGUUCCGGAAAUUCGUAUUACGAUGGAACGGCCUGUGAUUAGCACACAUCUGAAGGUUGCGGCUGAAUUCGGACGUACAAAAGCUGCCGAGUGUAGUGCAGGACGAGCAAAACAGUCAGUCCUAGAGCUGGGACCUGCGGAGAAAGUAUUCAGAUUUGGGCAAGGGAGGGUGGAAGACGGAAAAUGUGAAAGGGUGAGAAGGGAGGCGUCAGCAUGUUUUCGCUUACCAGCCUUGCUGUAUGCAGUAAGUAAGGCGACCCGGCUGAUGGCACCACGCGGCGGCCGAUGUGGCAGGAGGGUAUUGUUAUCUCUCAAAGCGACCAAAGAUGACCAAUUCCUCAUACAAACCCUUGAGCAACUCUCCUCCAACUACCACUUCACUCAUCUGCUGGUAGGUGACUUUAACGCUCCAAAGGCCUCCUGGAUGGAGCUCCGGCGCGUCGAAUCGAGCGGACGUUUUGCAGCGGCGCUUAUUGAAGUCUUUCAACGGAGCGCUUGA